AUGCGCGUGGGGGCAGCCCCCAGGCUCGACGUCAAGCAACCACAGCACCGCCACAGCAGCACACAGCAGCACAAAACAGCAACGAAGGUGCACCGCUGCCGCCGCAUCCCCCCUUCCAUCCCCCUCCCGAGAGGCCAGCUGCCGCGGACGAACCCCCUGCCCACCACACGGGCAACCGGCAGCCACAACGGCCAGCCCUUCCCCCUCCACCUCGUCGAUGGCCAGUCGUUCCCCUGCGGCGCAUCCUCUGCAGCUGGGCAGCGCUACUGCGGCUAUAUGCCGCCAGUCAAGCGCAUCGACUAUCAGCCCACCCCCGGUUUCACUUUCAGCGGGGCGAAAGUGUACCGGGUGGAGCAGAGGCUCUGCGCCGCCAGCACGGCCGCUCACAGUGAGCAAACAGUCGGCCAACCAGCGGGACCCUCGCCCUUUACGAAGGCGCUGAAGGAGAUCCCACUGGAGAGUGCAGAAAUGAUUGCCAUCCGGAGGGCUACUGGGUUGGGAAGGGAGGCGAUUUUGGGUGUGAAUCGGGUGGGCGAGGAGGACGCACAAGGGCACAUGAAGUCAUUCUUGUGGCGUCUGAUGGUGUUUCUUCAGGUUUCUCAAGCGGGUACGGGGAAUCAUUUUGUGGAGAUGGAUUUGCUGCGGGAUAAUUUGGGAAGUUUUGCUAUGGGGCAUUGGGAGAAGGGGCGGGCGACCACCACGCUCGAGGAGGAGACCGUCAGGGAGAUGCUCUUCCCUGUUGUUGUUGCCCUGCGGGACCUCUUCGAUCGAGCGUGGAUGUGUCAUGGGUAAGUAGAGAUGAAAAACCCCAUUCUGUCUUGCCCUGAACUUGCUCUGGUCAUCCCCUGAUGUGUCUGCCCAUCAGGGAUAUCAAGCCCUCCAAUUUUUUGGUUGAUGUGCAUGAGGGGAGGGUGCCUGGAAUGAAGUUGAUUGACUGGGGAUUGGCUGGUGUUUUCCAUGUGAGCUCACACGAUUUCUUACGUAUACUCGCCACUCACGUCUGUGUGUCUCUGUCUGUCUGCCUGUCUCUGUCUAUAGAAUCGGGAGCAGUUGGAGGGCAAAAGGGCAAGGGAGUAUAUUACGUGGGAUAUCAAGAAUAUAGGGUGAGACAAAGACAAGAGGACAUUAUUGAUCACUCAUUGUAUGUGCAUCACCUCGCUGUUUUUUGUGUGUGUCAGGGGGAUUUUGGGGUACAUGUUGUUUGGGCCGCAUGCACCACUGGUGUCUCACAAGUGGAUGAAGGUACACACAAAUCAGAGACAGCACACACACAGAGACAUGUCAAACAAAUCGCCUCCUUUUGUGCAUUUCAUCCAUUAGUCGCCCCCACGCAGCCGUGCGGCUCAUGAGUUGUAUGAGCUCCUCACUCGGCGGCCAGAGACCCUCACGUAUGAUGAUAUCCUGCGCCGCAAGUGGUAAGUGGGAAAAUGCGAAGACAAACGAACUCAUAUUAUCUGCGUCUGAUCUCUGCACAUCUCGCUGGCUCCAGGUUCAGUCGAGCCCAUCCCCAACACGUACCGGGUCUCUGGUCGCCCACGCCGCAGCCCGCCCGCCAGGAUCCGCCAGAGCCGCCAGCCGACAGCCUUGCUGAUGACGCACCAGCCAGCCCCGCACCCACCGGCUGCUCGGCCUGGCUGUCGGCGCUCUGGCGAUGGCUCAAGGGGGUAUGGGCGUGUAUAUGUGGGAGGGGGAAGGGAUAAGGGUGAUGGAUUGAUGGAUGGGGGGAAUGGAUGGAUGGGGGGGAUUGGUUAUUUUUUCUCUUUGCUCUCUUAAUUGCUGGGGGUGCCAUUUGCUCAUUUUUGUGCUGGUUUUCUCUCUUUCUUGCUGCUACCACUGUACUGUUUGUUGUCCGUUGCUCGCUUUUUGGCUUUACUGAGCUAUUGUACUUGCUGCCCUCUUCUGCUCCUUUCUACUGCACUACCUCACACGGCUGCUGAUAUGCAUAUCGGUAAGAGAGAGACAAAGAGAAAGCAGAACAACAAACGCACGUCUCCUUGCACUGUGUGUGCUUCUGUGUAUGUGCCAGAUUUGCUUCCCUUUGUGAGAUUGCUUCUACUGCUCUUGCGCCCUUUUUGCUGCGCUGCUGUACUGUUUGUUCUCUUGUGCCGUUCCCUUUCCGCUUGCUGAGCUACUUGCUGUGCUCUCCUUCUUUGCUCCUUUCCACUGUACUGCCCCAUCUGCUGCUGAUAUGCACACGUACGGGUGAGAAAUAGAGAAAGAGAAAAGCCGAAAACACAAACACGAAAAUCUCCCUGCCUGUCGGUGUGUUCUGUAUGUCAGGUUUUCAACUUUCCGCUGUUGUGUUACCGGUGCUUCUUCCUGCAUGCCAUUUUGGUGAGACAUCAUCACAGACAGGUCGCAAUUCGCUGCACAGACAGACAGACAGGCAUCGCUUGCCUGCCUUGUGUGUCUCAUACCUGCAGGUGCAUCCAUCCGUUUGUCUUGCUUCUCCGCUACUUUGUUGCUUGCCUCUUACGUUGCUUCGAAGGUGAGAGACUCCAUAACGAACGAGAAGGCAGCUUCGUAUUCCGCUGGCAUUCCUAUGUGUCAGGUCUUUGCUCCUUUUUGUGCCUUGCUGCUCUGUUUCUUUCUCUGCUCUUGUUGCUCUUGCCUCCAUGCUCCUUUCUCUUCGCUCUGGUGAGGCAGCGACUUGGACAGAAAUGCGUGGUCAUAGCUUAUGAUCGAUCUGCCGGUGAUGGGUGUGGUGUGUGUGCAGCUCAUUUGGGCUUCUCGGCGCUGUUCUGUGGCAGCUGAGACGGCCAUCAGUAGGAGAGACACACAUAAAUUAAAGAACGACAAGCAUACGGCUCGUUGUAUGUCUGCGUAUUCAUCAGAUUUGCUCCUUCUUGUGACUUCAUUGCUGUCAUUGUCUUGGCGAAAUCACGACAGACUUGCUUGGUGAGACAUCAUCAUAGACAGGGCUCCACCCAUCGUCACAUGACUGUCGCGUCUCCAUGCAGCUUGUAUGGGGAUUCUGGGGCUUCUGGUUCUCUUUGUUUGGGCGUCUUCUACUUUGCUCGCCUUUCACCGUGAGUCAGCACAGAUGAGCGAAAAACAAGGAGUUAUGCUGUUUGCAUUUCUAGGUGUCAGAUUUGCUCCCUUUCUUCCUGUGCUGAGGGUCGACAUACACAAAGCCCAUGUUCUCG